AUGGAUGACACUCUCGGACAGGUCUGCACGACGGUGAUGGGACGCUGCAAGCAGGUGCUGUAUGUGGCAUCUCUCGUCCUCUGCUCCAUGCUGGCCAUCACCAUCCUCCACAAUACGGGCAUCGGCGCACAUAUCGUCAACUACGUCGCACACCCGUACAUCUCCCCCAUCGAGCUGGCUUCCGGCAUCCUCCACAAGCUGCACAUUCUCAGGCACUACCGUGGGCUCUGCGCUCAGUUCUGCUUCGAUCGAAUCGUCAACACCUUCGGCUCCACGGCGCACUUUGCCGCGCAGGCUUGGGCAUCUUUCCUCGACGACUUCACCAAUUAUAUCAACCCUGGCACCAUACGCUGCUCCGCACUCUCAAACGCCAUUCCCUUCGGGCUGCCUGCCAGUCUCUUGAGCAGGGCCUGGACAGUUGUCAUCAACUUCUUCGCCAACUAUAUCAUACCGAGCGCCAUCAGCUUCUCCAGCAAGGUCUUGGCCUUCGCCGACGAGUCUGGUACGCAUCUGCUGAUCGCGACACUCGCCGCUUUUGUCGGUUGGGACGGGUCUUCCCUGUUGUUAUACGAGAUCAGGCGGUACUUCAACCUGACCGGGACACGCUGCAAGAAUCAAGCCUACGUCUGCUUCAACGUAUUCGUGACGGUCUACUGCGGAGUACAGUGGCUUCGAUUUGUCGAUCAGCUCAUGGCGAACGACGGUCUAAUGUCUCAAUACCCGCAUGCCAUGCUCUGCAUCGGGCUCGGGGCCAUGGCUGCGAGUGGUCUCACCUGUAACGUGCGCUGGCUUCAAAGAGGAGACACGUGUCUUUCAAGGAAAGUGUUGACCAGGGCUGGAAGUUUCUGGCGAAUUGUGGUCUGGCAUCAAGAGAUCAACUUCAUCGCGCCAUCAGCGAUCUGGAAACGCGAGGUCUAUUUCAAGUCACAAAGAGACGUCGCACAAGCCUCCAUACCGGCGGAAGCACGAUACAAAGACACAAAAUAG